GCUAAAUAAAAUGAGUAUUGUAAGCAACCUUGAGUUCACAGACGUGCUUGGCAAGGGAUCUUUUGGAACAGUUAAUUUGUGAAAGAAACCGAAGGAACACGAUUUGAGCAAGGACUUUUAAGAGGAGAAUGAGAGAUGACAGAGGGAUUGCCUGUAAGAUUAUUAGGCAUGCAAGGCUUAAGGAUAGGGCGCAACAGUAUUUGAUACAAGAAAUUAACAUCAUGAUGACCAUAGAUCAUCCGAAUAUUCUCAGAUUUCUUGAAGCCAAGAAGACAAAAAUAAGUUAUUUCAUUUUUGUAGAGUUCUGUAAUGGAGGAGAUCUUGCAAGACUUCUCGAACUCAAAGGAGGCAAACUGAGCGAAGGCCUUGUUAAGAAAAUUGUGCUACAAAUAGCUUUAGGUCUCUCUUAUCUUGCUGAAAAUAAAAUAAUGCAUAGAGAUCUUAAGCUUGCUAAUAUUAUGAUUAAUUUCCCAAAUCUGUCUUCUUCCAAAGUAGUUGAAGAUGAAUUUAUUGAGAACUUUGACCACGAAAAUGAAGAAAUAGAAGCCAUCAUUGGAGAUCUAGGCUUUGCUAAAUCAGUAACAGGCGUAGGGAUUGCAACUUCUUACUGAGGAACUCCUUUUCAUAUGGCUCCAGAGAUUUUGAAUAAGAAACCAUAUACACCAAAGGUUGAUAUUUGGUCUUUAGGGACGAUAAUUUAUGAGCUCUUGGUGGGCUUCCCACCUUUUGUUGGUCAUAGCAUUUAUGCAAUUGCUAAUAAGAUUAAUAAGGGAGAUUAUGGAAUUCCAAAUAAUAUUGAGUUAUCCCUCGAAUGAGCUGAUAUAUUAAACAAAUGUCUUCAGCAUGACCCUGAAAAGAGGAUUUCUCAUCUUGAACUACUAGAACACCCAUUCUUACAAAAUGAUGACGGCUCUGAGAAAAUCAACCUAGCUGCAAGUAUCGGGCCAGACCAAAAAUCUUUCUUUGAAAUGCCUGAGCAUGGAUUUGGAAUAUCUGCAAAGAACUCGGUAAUGUUCAAUGCUAAAGAAAGCGCCCUGUUUAAUGACCACUACGCCAAAUCAAUUCAGAAAUAUCUUGAUAGGACCAAUGACGAUGAUGAAAUAUUCCAGAAUUAUGAAAUACUGCCAGAAACUUCUGGAUUAGACCUCAAAACUGUUGAAGAAGUUGAUGAAAAUUGGGGUGAAGAAGAUGCUUUUGAGAAUUAUUCUUCUGAAGACUCAUUCAGUUUUAGCGAAGAGGAUGAAGAGAACUUGGCAGAAAGCAGGCUAGCUAUCCCAAAUAAAGCCCCUAUAAUGCAUGUAACAGAGAAAAAUAACAGAGACAAAAAUUAUUAUGAAGAAAGUAAAGGCGAUAGUUUGUCAAAUGAUUCUUCUGAAUUUAGUGGUUUCACACCAGCAAAGAAACCUUCUUUGCAUUUUCCUUGACAGAAAGACUCCUAUGUAUCAGUUUUAUCUCUUGAUAGUAUAUCUUGUCAGGAAGAUGAAUUAGGGAGCUCACUUGGAGCUUCAAUUGAAGAAGAAACAAAGCUUCAGAAUUAUAAUAUCAGAGAUAUUACAAUCCAAUGUAGUAACUGAGAGGGAGACCUCGGCCCUCAUCCGUCUGAGAUUGGAUACAGUGUCAUUGACAUGGCUGGAGGCCAGAAAUCUCCUAUGCUGCAUGACACUAUAUCUGAGGUAAAGGUUGAAGAUGAGGAUCGUUCUGAAGAAGAACUUGUGAACAGCUUUGAAAUUAUCUAAUUAUGAAGGUACUGAGAUGAUAGAUUGGCUCUUAUUCAUGAAAAGGAAAAUUAUUAAUUACUAGUUAAAACUUAUGUUUUCU